AUGUUGUCCAAUGACGGGAGGCAGCCACCAGGUUAUUCCACUGCUUCCACCCGGUACAACGGCAGCGGUUUCCACGAUUCGGCCACGGAGACCGUACACAAGGUGAAGACGGAGAAUAGCCAGAAUGGAUACGCGACCGAGUUUGCUGCUGUUGCCCCAGCUCAUCCGUUGAAGCAGGUCCACACGAGCCAGCAGCUGGAGGCAAGCUCAAAAAACCCAAAGCCGGAACCGCUGUCGAAACCGCACAAGGUGCCGAUCAACGGAUCCACCAAAAGUCACAAUGAAAACCAAAACGAGACCACGGCUGUUUGCAACAGCCAUCCACUGGGGCCCACGCCGCUGGAGCAGAAAAAGGUUGCCUUCACGGACGUGCUCACGCCAUCUUUCAAUCUAGACGCAUUCCAAACGAGCGGGGGAAACACCAUUGUUCAAAUCGAUCCAGACUACAAGGCCACGUUUGAAGCCAACGUCAACAUCAUCAACCAGUUGGACAGGAACCAAAGCUUGAGCCAGGAGUUGAAAUUGCUCAAGUUUGACGAGGUGAAAUUGAACAACUAUCUUAUCAGCACCCACCAGUUUGCAGCCAACUACAUCGACAGGGUCGUGGCAGAGGAUAUCUCAUCAAGAACCAACAAGAUCAGCGACACCAACAAGAGCAAAGAGUUGCAACACAUUGACUAUUCCAAACCGUUGCACCACAACAGCACGAGAGGAAAAGAGUACAAGUGGGGCACAACUCGAGAAAUACAUAAAGUGGAGAACAAAUCAAAAAGGAAAAGGCCGUCUGAAGCUGGUGAACAAAGUGCAGCGGCAGCUGCUUCAACCAGCAAAGCAUCGACCCCAUCGACUCCUUCAACUCAUGGCGGCCCAGUACCGAUCCAACCCAAAGGAAGCGCUCACGCUACAGAUGCUUCCGAUUCAAGUGUGAGACGUAGUAGUCGCGCCAAAUCAAAGAGAAAGACAUACGAGGAAGAUGGCGCGGAUUUGGACUCUUUAUUACUUGACGAAAAUGAAGACGAGCAAAACACCAGUAUGCGAAAGGGCGAGAGAAAACGAGUCAAGGCGGAAGCGGCAAAGGAAAAUGGCAAGGGCAGAUCCACUUCCAAAAAUGCCAAAGAUGCCAAAGAUGGCAAAGAUGGCAAAGAUGCCAAAGAUGGCAAAGAUGCCAAAGGUGCCGGUGCAGAUGCAAACGCAAAUGCAACUGCAACUGCAACUGCAAAUGCAACUGCAAAUGCCAAAGAAAAUACCAAAGAACACAAGGCAUUCAUGCGACAAUACGACAACACCUAUGUCGCCAUUUGGAAAGACAUGUCCAGAAAAGAUGGUCCAAAAGUGAGUCGUUUGAUCCAACAAGCCUCGCAAGCAAGGCUCAUCAAUUUAAAGAAAACAUGUAUAUUAGCUGCUAGAGAAUCGAGAAGGUGGCAACAGAAAAACACAAAGAACCAAAAGGAUUUAACCACAAAAGCUAGAAGGGCAAUGAGGGAGAUGUUCAACUUUUGGAAACGUAAUGAGAGAAUCGAGCGAGAAAUGAAAAAGAAGCACGAAAAGGAUUUGGUUGACAAGGCCAAACGAGAAGAGGAAGAGCGUGAAUCCAAGAGACAGUCACGGAAAUUGAAUUUCCUCAUUACUCAAACCGAGUUGUAUUCGCAUUUUAUAAACAAAAAGAUUAAAACCGACGAGAUUGAAGGCAGCGACUCAGACCCCCGGGUCAAGUCGCAAAACAGGGCUCAUUUCGACAAAUAUUCAGAGGUUGACGCUGCAAAACACGAUAUACUGAGCCUCGAUUUCGACAAUGACGACGAAGAUGCCUUGCAUCGUGCAGCUGCACAAAACGCACAAAGCGCGUUGGCCAACGCCAAGAGUAAAGCUGAGCAGUUUGACGAGUCCGAGCCAUUCAAGAACCCCGACACAAACGGCGAAGAGAUGAAUUUCCAAAACCCAACCUUGUUGGGAGACUUGGACGUUGAACAGCCCAGGAUGUUAAAGUGUAUUUUGAAAGAAUACCAAAUCAAAGGUUUGAACUGGUUAGCCAAUCUUUACGAGCAAGGUAUAAACGGUAUCUUGGCAGAUGAGAUGGGUUUGGGUAAAACCGUGCAAAGUAUAUCGGUGCUUUCCUACUUAGCAGAAACCCACAACAUUUGGGGUCCAUAUCUUGUGGUUACACCAGCGUCCACUUUGCACAAUUGGCAGCAAGAAAUCUCCAAAUUCGUACCUACUUUCAAAGUGUUGCCCUACUGGGGGCAUGCUAAAGACCGUAAGGUUUUGCGUAAAUUCUGGGAUAGGAAAUCAUUGAGGUAUGAUAAGGACGCGCCAUUCCACGUUUUGGUGACCUCGUAUCAAUUGAUUGUUUCUGAUAUCGCAUAUUUUCAAAAGAUGAAGUGGCAAUAUAUGAUUCUAGAUGAAGCACAAGCAAUCAAGUCGUCGCAAUCUUCGAGAUGGAAGUCCUUGUUGUCCUUGAGCUGCAGAAAUAGACUAUUGCUUACUGGUACGCCAAUUCAAAACUCGAUGCAGGAGUUGUGGGCAUUGUUGCAUUUCAUCAUGCCCACCAUUUUCGACUCCCACGACGAGUUUAGCGAGUGGUUCUCCAAGGAUAUCGAAAACCACGCGCAAUCAAAUACGGGUUUGGACGAGAUGCAGUUGCGGAGAUUGCACAUGAUUUUGAAGCCGUUUAUGUUGAGACGUAUCAAGAAGAAUGUUCAAAGCGAAUUGGGCGACAAAGUCGAGAUUGAUUUAUUCUGCGAUUUGACCAGCAGGCAAAAGAAAUACUACCAGUCGUUGAGGUCGCAAGUAUCCAUUAUGGAUUUGUUGGAUGCGGCCAACAACUCAUCACUGAGCUCAGAUGACGCGUCGACCACCUCAUUGGUCAACUUGGUGAUGCAGUUUAGAAAAGUGUGUAACCAUCCCGACUUGUUUGAAAGAGCCGACGUCAAGUCACCAAUGGCUAUGGUGAAAUACGCCGAGACUGGCUCAUUUCUAAGAGAAGGCAAUGAGCUAGAACUUGGCUACGCGUCUGAGAAUUUGAUCAACUACGAGUUUCCAAGAUUAAUCUAUGAUGAGCUCAUGACUCCCAAUUUUGGCAAGAACGGGCGAGAAGCAAUCUUGGCCAAAUUCAACAUUUUCAAUCCGGAAAACAGUCGAAACUUUGCAUGGGCACUUUCAUCAUCGUCAUCUGAUGAUGAUGAUGCACAAUCGUCCGAGCUUCGAGAUAUAGUAAGCAAGAGCAUUGUUGAAAGAGCCAUAGACCUACACAGCUACACCCCGGGCUCCAAGAAAAGCGACAGGAUCAACUUUUUAUACGAAGGAGAUUUCCGACAACGGGGUUUAAAGUUGCAUAUAGCAAAACGCAGCAACAUCUCCCCGCAGCAAAUUGAAAGCUCGCGUAUUCUUUCCGACUUGUGCAACGUGUCUCAAAAAGUUUACCAAGAAAUGUAUCUCAACACGCAAGAUGCCGCCUAUACUCCAAUUGCCUCGGCGCCGCCAGUCACCGCCAAAUGCUCAUCCAACAAUUUCCAAAAUAAACUAACCAACGAGCUUUUCGACACCAAGAUCAGGUCAGCUCUAGCGCCCAUGUCGUUGAACAAGGAAUACCAACUCAUGAAGAAUGAAGUUCCAAUCCAGCAUUAUCCUCCAUCAAACAUGCUUCCCGAACCUUUGAGCAAACUUCAUGAUUAUUCAAACAUAAGAAUGCCAUCGAUGGAUAGAUUUAUCACUGAAUCAGGUAAGCUUGCCAAAUUGGAUCAACUUUUGGUCAAGCUCAAGCAAGAGGAUCACCGGGUUCUUAUUUAUUUCCAAAUGACAAGAAUGAUGGACCUCAUGGAAGAGUACCUCAUUUUCAAACAACACAAGUACAUUCGUCUUGACGGUUCAUCGAAGCUCGACGACCGUCGUGACUUGGUCCACGAUUGGCAAACCAAGCCUGAAAUCUUUGUGUUUCUUUUAAGUACCAGAGCAGGUGGAUUGGGUAUCAACUUGACCGCCGCCGAUACUGUUGUCUUUUAUGACUCGGACUGGAAUCCAACUAUCGACUCACAAGCCAUGGACCGUGCGCAUCGGUUGGGACAAACUAGACAAGUUACCGUUUAUAGAUUAUUGACGAGGGGCACCAUUGAAGAAAGAAUGAGAGAUCGCGCUAAACAAAAGGAGCAAGUUCAACAAGUGGUGAUGGAAGGUAAUGCUAUCGCCACCACCAAAAAAGAGGAUUCAGCAGCGAAGAAAAAAGACGUUGCAUACUUAUUACUUGGAGGCGAUUCGACUGGCGACGAUGGCAGCAGCGUCACCGAAUCCAACAAUAACAGCGGGAGAAACACGCCGAGCCAAACUCAAGCACCGAAUGUUAAACGCGGCAAGAAACGACUGAGGGAAGAUGACGAUGAGAGCGACGCGUUGAGUAAUAAGAAACUUCAAGAGUUGUAUCAUGAGGGAGAAGGACGAUUUUCAGAAACAACCACACCUGCUCCAUUUGGUGCAUGA